UGUUGACUGUUCAAGGUUACGCGGCAGCGUUUGAUUUUGUUCAGAAAAAUCCUUGCUUAUCUAUAUUUACACAUUGUUGUUUUAUCAUUCUGAUGUAACAGUAAUAAUCUAUCUAUCGCAAACCCAUUCUGAAACGAUUAAUACGUAUUAAGUAUUACGAAUAGGUUGUGUCUUGUUAUCAUUACAGUGUGCACCGGCGUGUAACUUUAAAAAUGGUGAAAGCUGUGGCAGUGUUGACCAUCAGUGACACCUGCUUCAAAGACAACUCCAAGGACACAUCCGGGCCUGCACUAGCUGGUUUUGCAAAGGAUUUAUUUCCCAAGGCCAACCUGCACAAAAUCAUCAUCCCGGAUGAAAGGGAGAUCAUUGAAAAAGAGCUUAAGUACUUCUGUGAUGAAGCCCACGUAAACCUAGUUUUAACAACAGGUGGGACGGGGUUUGGCUCUAGAGACAUGACCCCUGAGGCUGCUAAGGCCGUGAUCCAUAGAGACGCACCGGCUAUUACAGCUGCUAUAACUCAGGCGAGUCUAGAGAAGACUCCAAUGGCAAUGCUGUCAAGAGCAGUAGCUGGUAUAAGAGACAGGACUUUAAUCAUUAAUUUUCCAGGCAGCAAAAAGGCGGUUACUGAAUGUUUUGCAGUUGUAAAACCUGUUUUAAGCCAUGCUUUAGCUUUGAUCAAUGAUGAGUUACAGGAAGUAAGAACUAUCCAUGACUCCAUGCAGUUCAAUUCCUGUCCUGGUGGGCAUAGAACUAGUAAUGUGGAGUUGGGUAAAGUAGCAUUCAGAGCCCGGGAAUCCCCAUUCCCAAUGUUAGAAAUGAAGGAGGCUUUUCAAAUUGUGGACAAUGUUAUGCGGGGGUGGGAUCAUUCUUUGGAGAUAGUUCCAAUUGAGCAGGCUCUGGGCAGAGUGGUGGCUGAGUCUUUGUGUACUAAGGAACCUAUGCCACCAUUCCCUGCAUCAGUUAAAGAUGGUUACGCAGUUCUGAGUUGUGACGGGGCCGGCGUUCGCACGGUGCGCGCGGCGCUGACGGCAGGCGACGCGCCAACGGUGCCGUUAGCCCCCGGACAGUGCGCGCGCGUCAACACCGGCGCGGCGUUGCCCGCCGGAGCGGAUGCUGUCGUACAGGUGGAAGACACUCAAUUAAUAUCAGCAUCAGAAGACGGUGAUACGGAGUUGGAAGUGGAAAUCAUGGCGGCGCCGACAGCGGGCCAAGACGUGCGGCCAAUCGGCUUCGACAUACCCAUGGGAGGUGAACUGGUCAAGAAAGGAUCAGUUCUGGACGCGGGGCACAUUGGCGUCCUGGCGGGAGCCGGUCACCUGAACAUUACUGUCAAAGGACACCCGAAGGUGGCGCUCCUGUCGACGGGCAAUGAACUGCAGGAACCCUCGGAUGCGAAACUGAAACCAGCGCACAUCAGGGAUUCCAACAGAACUAUGCUUAGGGUUCUACUCAGAGAACACGGUUACGACACCAUCGACUGCGGCAUCGCGAAGGACGAGCCAGCGCAGCUGGCGAGCGCACUAGCGAACGCCAUGGCUCGCGCGGACUUGCUCGUUUGCUCGGGCGGCGUUUCCAUGGGCGAGCGGGAUCUGCUGAAGCCGGUGCUCCUAAAUGACUUCGGUGCGACGCUGCAUUUCGGGCGCGUGCGCAUGAAGCCGGGCAAGCCGAGCACCUUCGCUACCUGUCAGUUCAACGGACGCACCAAGUACAUCUUCGCGCUGCCCGGUAACCCAGUGUCAGCGUAUGUGUGUUGCCUGCUGUUCGUGAUUCGAGCUCUCAAGGUGUGCAGCGGCCGCAACCCCGAGUGGCCGCGACUGCGCGUGCGAUUGUCGCACGCCGCCAAGCUCGACCCACGGCCCGAGUACGCCCGCGCCACGCUCUCCUACUUCGCCGACAAUGAUUUACCCACCGCCACGCUGCUCGGCAGCCAGUGCAGCAGCAGACUGCUAAGCUUGUGCGGCGCGGGCGUGCUGCUGGAGCUGCCGGGCGCCUCGCACGCCGCCACGCAGCUGCCCGCCGGCACCGCGCUGUCCGCGCUCGUCAUCGCCCGCCUCUGCCUGCUUUAGAUACCGACACCAACCUAUUCUGCCAUUCAAUAAUACACUAACAAAUUGAACAGGCAGAACUAUGACCCGGUUGCACCAACCACAUUUACCAGACUGAUCGACGUCACUCAGCAGUAAACUAUGAAACUUCCCAUUCAAUAAAAAUUUAACAAACGUUUUAGCGGUGACAGGCGGUUUGAUGCAACUGGCUAAAUUUUGUUUUUUAGCAUUAGGAAAAGACGCUUUUAAAAUAAUAAUAACUAUUACUUAAGUAACCAAAAGAAUGUAAAUGAUCGACUAUAAUUUUUUUACAUAAACUGCUGUGACUUAUUUUUCAAUUCAGACACGUCACAAUUGUUUAACUACCCUUUUUCUAACGCUAAAAAAACGAAAAUAAGAUCUGACUAAACGAUUUCCACCACUAAAGAGGCGCGAAAUUUUAAUUCUUAUGAGCUGAAUAUAUUUCACAAGAAAGUGACCUUUCUUAGUGGAUAAAUGGUGGAUCUAGUGACAUGCUUGAGCGUGUUUUCAACCAAUUAGGUAGAAGUUAGGAGCGUAAGCCUUAUUCUAGGUUAAUGGUCUUCAAUGAGCAUGUGACGUGUAUUUUAAGGUAAAUAAUUAUAAAAUCAUAAAACAGUUGCUUCUAAAACUUUUAUAGUAUUCAUUUUAGAAUGUAGUAAGAACGAACAUGCUGUGAAAGAGAUGUUAUGACAUAUCUUGUUAAAACAAAAAUACUUAAAUACUUUAUUUUUUGGAUCUGGACUGGCUGUUAGAAAGGUAAAAAUAUCGGCUUAGAACCCGUAAAUUAUUUAUAGUUAGCUAAUCAAAAAUAUAUACAGAUGUAGUGCAUAUUUAUUUUCCAUCGUUCUUUCACCAACAUACGAACGUGUCUUGCUAUUUCAGUCAGUCUCGGUAUAAAAAGUACUGAGGUGGACUGAAGUAGCAUGACAAAUACGAAUGUUUCCGAGAAAAUACGAUAGAAAACCAUUAUCAUUAUUUUUCAUUAUGCACUACAUCUGUAUCUGUACUGUAUCAUAACAUAUACUAAUUUAGGAAUAGUCCUAAAUUAGUAUCGUAUCGUCCUGUGUUGUGUAUAUGUACUUACGGUGCGUUAGAUUUAGAUAAGUAACCAAU